UUUUAACUUGCCACACUCACCACACAGCUGUAUCAUCCUUGCCCUCACCAUGGCAUAUAAAUAUCUACCGGAGGGAGUGAUUUCUUUAGUCAAUCUAUUUAUUCGCGAGUAUUCGUGUUGAAUGUCUUAAUUAAUUAAUUAUUUUAAAUAAUUCGAUUAAAAGAUGAAUCAGGGUCGUAAUAACAACGAACGUCGUAAUAAUAACGAAGGGGGGAGCGGUUGGGGAACGGCGGCGGUCGUAGGUGGGGUGUUAGGCGGGUUGGCGGCUGUGGCGGGGGGAGUAUACUACCUCACUCGUGGUCGUGAUAGGAACAGGGAGGAGGACCAACAGGCGCAGGCGCAGGGUCAGGCUCAGUCUUUGCGCCGGUCGCCACCACGCAACACGCAGGAAACUCGCCAAGAAUUCAACAUGUCUGACUAUCUUUCAAACUUGCUGCAAGGAAUGCACACCAGUUCUUCAAAUGGUGUCCAACCAGAAAGUGCUAGAAGUAGAAGGGGCGUGCCUAGGAGUUCAAUCCCUUCAAAUCCAGCGUUAAGCAAUCUGAAUGAUCUUGUAUCAGACAUUUACUUGCGGUAUAUUGCACUGAAUGAUGAGGACUUUGAAGACUAUUAUAACGUGGUUCAUACUAUCUUCCAUCAGAUUCACGAUAAGAUGAAAGAAGUUGAUCCGUAUUACAAACAAUAUUCUAGCAUGGUUCAGUUUGCUGGAAGCCACCCGGACAGACUGCGUAUAAACGAACCGGAUGAAUUUGACAUUGACAUAGUAAUAGGUCUUCCGUUGAACUAUAACUACAAUUCAAGUAAUCCAGCGGACAAUGAUUUUAUACUUGAACCGAAGGACCCUGGCUUCAUUCAACUUAAGGUAUCCCGUCGCUGGCGCCUAUCACGCCAUCAACAGCGCCUACAUACAAAACCCAAUCAAACUCAGCAGCGCCCGCGACGUCCUCGGCGUUCUGUGGUACCCAAUGAACCCCACCAGCGCUCGCGACGUCGUCGGCGUCCGCAGCGUCCUUCUGUACCCAAUGGAUCUCAGGACCUUACUUGGCAUCCUGCAAUACCUAAUGAACCCCACCAGCGCUCGCGACGUCGUCGGCGUCCCCAGCGUCCUGCUGUACCCAAUGGGUCUCAGGAGCGUCCUUGGAACCCUGCUUUGCCUAAAGAACCCCCGCAGCACCCGCGGCGUCCUGCGUUACCCAAUGAAUUAGAGAAAUGUACCAAGGACGUUGACAGAUAUGGGUUCAUUGUGGUACCGGGCCAGAAGCAGCGCUGCUGCCGUAUCUGCUACAAACGUUGUACCGUUUGUCACGCUUUACAAAAAGAGAUGGGUGUCCAAUACCAACGGCUGCCAGUGAGGGAUGGUUGCAACUGGCACAUCAACAGAACAUGCUACGAGUGGAAAGAUGACAAGAACUAUCUCUUGCGAUCGAACUUUAGUAACUGGUUCAAGAGCGUCGUGAACAAAGCGCUGAACCAUUUCGAAGUGAACAGUAGUUCGCCUCCAAUAUUCUACGUGGAGGGAGUCCCAUACACCGUUCGCAAGUCGGAGAGUGGCCCCGCCAUGACUGUGUUCAUAGAGAACAAAUCUAAAGACUUCAAGUUGGAUGUGGAUUUGGUCCCAGCAUUGCGGUUCCCGAUCGAGCGCUGGCCUAUAUGCAAUGGCUACAUGAACGUGCCACCGGAAUGUGCCAAUAAGGACUACUGGAUGGUGGUCCCGAAGCCUAACAAGAAUGGGCACACUACACACGACACUAAUCGCUCGUGGCGCAUUGCUAUGCAUGAACAAGAACGAAUGUUGAUGCAUAAUACCAAUCAUCUCCGGCAAGCAAUUCGCUUGUUGAAAAAAUUCCGCGACUCCCAGGGGAUGGACAAAAUCGCCAGUUACUACAUAAAGACUUUGUUCUUCUGGGAGGUUCUUGACCGUAAGAAUGACCCUGGCUUUUGGAACAAAGCCCCAGCUUACAUCUUCACGAUUAUGGUUAAGAAAUUCCACAAAUGUUUACAAGAAAAGAGGAUUCCGUAUUUGUGGAAUAAGAAUAAUAAUCUUAUUGGUUGUGUCAAGCCUGAAAUACUGAUAGGGUACGCAGCUAAAACGGCGAAAUUUUUGAAAGUUUUGGAGAAUCCUUCUGAAUAUAAAGAAGUGGCUCGGUUCCUUUUGACUUCGGCCGAGUUUAAGGAGUAUAAUGAAAGGUUUCUGCAUAUUUAAAGCUGGUAAAUAGUGCCCUUACCCACUAUGGCUCCCACCUUGAAGGCAGACUGUGGGACGUAUAUACUUAGAUUGUUUAAGUUAUAUAUACCUAAUUAUUGAAUUUGGAACUAGUUUUGAACGAUAUAUUUCAUGUUUGUGUUUGUUCCUUUAGAGUUGGUUCAAGUUUUUUAACACUGUGAUUUCUUUAACAGUUUAUACAAAUGUGGCUUAUUUUAUAAGUAGGGUAUGUGUAAGCUUUUAUUAAUAGAUAAGUAUUAUCGCAUAUUUUUUUCUUAUAAAAUUGGAUUCUCCUUUCACGUCAUUGUUCUUUACCAAAAAUCUACAUUAAGUAUGUUACUCCAUAGGUUUCACUAUUUUUAAGCUUAUGAGUUUAUUCACAUUUUUAUACUCUUCUUAUCGUGUGGGUUGUGAGGUGGAUUACCAACCUAACCGUACCGUUACCGUUUUUAUACUUACAAUUUUAACUUUGGAUUACGAAUUGAUUAUUUUUUUAAACUACGAAAUGUAUUCCUACAGUCUAUACCUACUAGAUUUAGCAUUUAUUUUUAUAUUAUAUUUACUUUGACAUUUGUUAUAUGGUGAUUAUAUAAAUAUACUAUUUUAGUUUUAGUUA